AUGAUCACCAGCCUUGACAAAGAGAACGAACUCGAAACGCAUUGGAUGGAAAGAGCCUUUACCUGCUUGGAUUGUUUUCUGCACGAUCGAGGAGGAGACUUACACGAUCAACCUGAGAUCUCUCCAGUGAAGAGUUUGGUUGCUGGUAAAGAGGUGACACUUACCUGCACGAGUCCUGGACGAUGUGCUGGAUAUCCUCCAAUUAUCACAUGGACAGGAGUACAGGGGAGUUCUACAGAUUUCCAGUCUAAUUAUACAGAUGGUAACAGGACAUACUUCUCCAACUUCACAUUCAUAGCUGGGCAGAGAGACAACCAGUCACCACUCACCUGCACUGUGACAUUCCAGCCCAGCAUGGUGACAACCAGAAAGACGGUUAUUUUACAUGUUGAAUAUCCUCCUUCAAUAAAAAUCACCAUUGGAGAGAUUGUCACAAAUGAAAGCAUACCUUUUAUUGUGAAGAAAGGAGAAAGCAUAAGCAUGCAUUGCACAGUGGACAGUAACCCAAAGGCUAUCAUCAAGUGGAUUAUGGGAGGACAAGAAAAAAAUGGUACAUUAAAUGGAAAUGAACUAACCUAUGAACUGAAGAACAUUGGACUCAGUGAUGCUGGAAUAUACUUCUGCUCAGCAUGGAAUGUGCAAGGGGUGGCUAACAAAGGAGCUGAAAUCAUUGUACAAUAUCCCCCACGAACACCAAAGAUCAUCUGUUCCAUGGCUAAGAGCACAAACUGUAUCAUGGAAGAUUCUAAUGUUACAUACGCUCUAGAGGGAUCCACUCUCUCUCUUCUCUGCUCUGCAGAAAGUUCUCCAGCAGCUACUGUGUUCUGGAUAAAGCCGGAUCAUCACAUUAUUCCACCUCUUUCUUCGGGGCAACUCAACCUCCCCAACAUAUCACUCAGUGAGGAAGGAUCAUAUACCUGCCAAGCUAAUAACACUCAUGGGAUGUCAGAUGCUUCAGUCAUCAUCAAAGUGACAUAUAAACCGAAAACAUUAGCAGGUGAAAAUUCCACUUGCCUGCAGGACAAAAACAACAUUGAGUGUACUUGUAAAAUCCAGUCAUUUCCACUGGCAGUCCUGCAAUGGAAGAUUGAUGAGAAACUCUAUACGUCUUCCUAUAAUGAAAAAGACCUUAAUAUUUCCACUGUGACAUUAAACGCAGUGACGAAUAGCACUCUGAAAGUAAGCCUGCCCAGUGUUCUGCAGAUACAGUGCUUGGCGUCCAAUAACUAUGGGCAGCUGAGUCUUCUUCUGCUGAGUAACACUCCAUCGGCCUCGAAUGCCCUGGCAAUUGGUGCAGCUUGUGGGGUCAUUUUCAUUGUUGUUCUGUUCAUAGCAGGCUUCCUAAUAAUACAGUACAUUAGAAAGAAAACAUUACAGCCGAAGUCUGAAGACAAGAAGGAGUUCAACACUAUUGACAGUAAUGCCAUUUACAGCAAUACGGAAUAUUGUAAUGGAGCCCAUACGCCUCAGCAGCCUCCAACCGAAGACGAAGGAUCAGUGUACAUGAACAGUGAGGAUGUUCAGUAUGUCACUAUUAAUUUCUCUAAGAUGAAAGCUAAAACUGAUGCACCAGAGACUGAGACUGAGUAUGCAGAGAUCAAACGAAAAUAGCUGAUCCCACUUCAAGAGCCGGAAUUUCAAACAGAAUAAUGACCUGCCCCUGGGUUUAGGGAUUGGCUAAAAGGUGUAGAAAAGAAACGGGUCUGGGACUCCAGGUCAACAACA